AUGAUUGUGUCGUGGAAUAUCCGGGGACUGAAUAAGGUGGGGAAGAUAAAAGAGAUUAAAACCCGACUCUUAAAUCUUCAUCCUAUAAUUAGCAUUUUAGUUGAAACUAGAGUCAAGAAGUGUAAAGCUAAUAAGAUUAGGGAGAGUCUUGGAUUUCCAGGUUGCUUUGUUGACAAUUAUCAAGAUCACCCUAAUGGGCGUAUCUGGAUUGUGUGGGAUGACUCUAAGGUGAACCUAAGAGUAUGCAGUAGUUCAAGCCAACAUAUUCAAUGUGGUGUGUACAAGUUGAAUGGAGAAUUUUUAUUUUGGCUAACUGGUAUCUAUGCCCAUAAUCAGUUGGAGUUAAGAAGGAAGCUAUGGAAGGAGAUCAUCAAAAUUCACUCUACUCAAACUGGUCCAUGGUAUGCCAUUGGAGAUUACAACAAUGUUGCAUCUGCUCAAGACAGAAUUGGGGGGAAAUUGGUUGGUAUCCACGAGUACUGUGACCUUAUUAACAUGAUGCAAGUUACUGAAAUGGCCGAGAUAGAUAAUGUGGGAGAACAUUUCACUUGGUCCAAUAGGCAUAUCACAGGCACCAUCUAUUCUCACAUUGACCGUGCUAUCUACAAUAGUGCCUGGUUUCUAAAGUAUAAUAACCAUACUCUUAGUGUUUUACCUCCUAACCUAUAUGACCAUUCUAUGUUGUUUAUCAGUGGCCCUGCUGAAGGUAGACGGAAUAACCAUUUUAAAUUCAACAAUUAUCUGCUAGAUAUUGAUGGUUUUCAGGUUAUGGCAAAGGAGUUUUGGGAGAAGCCUGCGAGGGGUUCUUCAAUGCAACGGCUAUGGUUCAAACUCCAGAGAUUGAAGAAGAAUGUUAAGAGGUUUAGUAGAGAUAAUGGCAAUAUGAUGAGUAAACUGCAGGAUGUUAGAGCUAAUCUCCAUCAGGCCCAGCUGGAGCUUAUCAAUAAUAGGCAGGAUCCUAGCAUUAUAGAGAGGAUUAAGCAGUUAUCUAAUGAUAUCAAUAUGAUUCAUGAGCAUGAAUAUUCUAGGAUACGACAAAGGACAAAACUCAACUGGAUAAGGCAGGGUGAUGAUAAUUCCAAGUUCUUUUUUGCUUAUCUUAAGGCAAGACAGAACAAAAGCUGUAUCAAAUUUCUUCAAAAGGAGAAUGGAGAUAUUAUAACUGAGCAGAAUGAUCUUGAAAAAGAAGUUAUGGAAUUUUAUGGCAGUCUCAUGGGGGAUCGGGUUAGGCACAUUCAACAUAUAGAUAUUGCUGCUAUGAGGGAGGGAAAACAACUAGACAUGGAUCAACAGAUGGACCUUACUUGCCAAGUCACGAUUCCGGAAAUUGAAGCUGCCCUAAAAGGUAUUGGUGAUUAUAAAUCUCCUGGAAUUGAUGGUUUUAAUGUCAAGUUGUUUAAAAAAUGCUGGCCUUUUAUGCAAAAAGAUAUUGUGGAUAGUGUUACUGAAUUCUUUCGGACAGGUGUGAUUGAUAGUAGAUUUAAUAAAACUGUGGUCACGCUUAUUCCGAAAGGUGACAAUGCUAAGUGUAUUAGAGACUUUCAGCCAAUUGUGGGUUGUACCACCUUCCUGAAGAUUAUCUCAAAAAUUCUCACUGCUAGAUUGAGGAAAGUUCUUCCGAGCGUCAUCAACUUUAAUCAAGCUGCUUUCGUGGUAGGACAAGACAUACACAAUCAUAUUCACCUUGCCUAUGAAUUAUUGAAGGGUUAUGAGAGGAAAACAGGGACGCCCCGAUGUAUGUUUCAAAUUGACUUACAGAAGGCGUACGAUAUGGUUCAUUGGGAUGCCUUGGUUUGUAUUAUGAAGGAGGUGGGUAUCCCGAAUAUCUUUACUAAUUGGGUGAUGAACUUAGUCAAUUCUGUUUGUUAUGUUUUUAAAGUCAAUGGUAGAUGCAUGGUGAGGAUGCAGCAUGCUCCGGGAUUUCAUCAUCAUGACAAAUGCAAGCCACUUGAAUUAACGAAUCUUGCGUUUGCUGACGAUAUCUUACUGUUUUGUAGAGGCGAAGCACAUUCUGUCCAGCUCCUAAUGAAUACUUUUCAGAGUUUUUCUGCUUCUACAGGGCUUAUUUUCAACAGUCGAAAAUGUAAGGCCUUUUAUGGUAGUGUUGAUGACGAAAACCGGCGCCUUAUCCAAGCUAUAUCAGGGUUUGAUGAAGGAAAGUUUCAUGUUCGUUAUCUGGGAGUUCCCCUCAGCAGCAAGAAACUCAGUUUGAACCAAUAUCUUCCUCUUGUUGAUAAAAUUAAUAGCAAAAUCCGACACUGGUCCUCAAAGAUGCUUAGUUAUGCUGGUCGUGUUCAACUUGUCCGUAGCGUUAUUGGGUCCAUAACUCAGUAUUGGAUGCUUAACUUUCCCCUCCCCAAAUCUGUUUUGAAGCAAAUUGAUACUAUUUGCUGUACUUUUGUGUGGACAGGGUUGUAUAGAUUUGGGAUGUUGGAUAAUAAGAUGUGCAGUUUAUGUGAUCAAGUGGAGGAAACAGUGGAUCACCUCUUCUUUGAUUGUCCUGCUACUAAGAGAAUAUGGAAUGCAAUUCUGUACUGGCUGAAUAUUCAUCAGUGUCCUUUGCCUUGGAAUUUAGAGCUGAAUUGGAUUUUGGAGAAAACUAAAGGAAAAGGUUGGAGAGCUAUGCUCCUUAAGCUGGCUUUAACGGAAACAGUUCAUGAAAUCUGGUUAUUUCGUAAUGAUUUUAUCUUCAAUAGCGAUACUCAUAGAAAUAAUACAAUGGAAAAGAUUAUUGAUUGCAUAGUAUAUAGAGGUUGGGAUAAUAGAAAACUUAGAUUGCAUGUGGCAAAUCUAAUGUUAUAG